AUAAAAUCCACGGUACUCUUUACUGUUCGCUUACUCAUCACAAUUGUGACAAUUUUGACGAUCGUUUCUGAUAGGGAAGGAAGUGUGUUGGCGGAUUUAGAUAAAACAGGGGGAGGGGUUUAUAAGCGACCAUUAAAGGCGCGUCAAGCACUGUAUGAUUGCAUCCUGUUUGUUUGCCAGCUGCGGACUGUUGUUCUGUGUGGAAAUACAUCUGUUAAAAUAUCGCGAUGGCCGACCAGUUGACAGAAGAACAGAUUGCCGAAUUCAAAGAGGCUUUCUCACUCUUUGACAAGGACGGCGAUGGCACCAUCACAACCAAAGAGCUGGGCACCGUCAUGCGCUCGCUCGGACAGAACCCGACAGAGGCCGAGCUGCAAGACAUGAUCAAUGAAGUGGACGCUGAUGGAAAUGGGACGAUAGACUUCCCCGAGUUCCUGACCAUGAUGGCGAGGAAGAUGAAGGACACUGACAGCGAGGAGGAGAUCAGAGAAGCAUUCCGUGUCUUUGAUAAGGAUGGCAACGGCUACAUCAGCGCAGCUGAAUUGCGUCACGUCAUGACAAACCUUGGAGAGAAGUUGACCGACGAGGAGGUUGACGAGAUGAUCCGGGAAGCAGACAUUGACGGAGACGGACAGGUUAACUACGAAGAAUUUGUACAGAUGAUGACGGCGAAAUGAAGGCCUUGUACAGAUCCUCUCUCUUCUAUAAAUAAUUUGCCUUUUUUCUGUUUAAUUUAUCUGUAAAAUGUUAAGUCCCCUCCCCUUCCUCCUCCCGGCUGUCCAAAGGAACUGCAUGUAAACUGCAUAGGAUCUUCAGUCCUCAUGUCCCUUUCUUUUGCUGUCAUCGUGUUUUUGGAGUGGCGGUGCGGUUACACGGUCAGGUGCUUGUUGCCGUGAAGAGGGGGUUGUGAUGUGCAAAAACGUACACGUCACGUCUGUCUGCCCCCCUCAUGCGUAGCAAGAGUGGAGACCUGCCAGCUGGUUGUCUUCUGGCAGCGACGCUGGCACGGCAACAAUGUAGAGGAGUAACUCUGCAUGGACUAUGGACAAAGUAUAUUAUAUAUAAUAUAUAAAUAUAUAUAUAUAAUAUAAUGAAAUUUCUCAGCAUUGCACUACUGCAAAAAAAAAAAACAAGAAAAAGACACGGGUGUAUCUACAAGAUACUCGUACAUAAACUCUUUUUGUAUCUGCUGUUCUAUACUAAGAACUUGUUUGAAUCUUACAGUGCUUUUUAAUGUUUUAAUCACUUAUUCACUUUUUUUUUUCUUUCUUUACUUUUUUUUUUUAAAGCCGCUUAAUGGCAUUGUCAUGCCUCAGAUAGUCCAUUCCAAGUUGUAUAUUUGUUUUCCAAUAAAAUUUGACUAUUUACCCAUAAUGAAAAGUUUCUUUGUUUGCGAAGCAUCAUUUAGCCCUCUGAUUUAACGCCCCUCUGUUAAUCAUGCAUCCCAGAGCUGGUUUUUGUAAGUUCGAAAUCGCUAACUAUUUUACUUAAUAGAGUUGUUUACUCUAUUUAUUGUAAUGGUUCAGAUUAUUUAUUUGUACAUCAUUAUACGAUGCGUCUCUGAGUCAGCUGGACAAAGUGCUAUGUGUUCACAGGAUUGGAUUGGGGCGAGGCCUCUGUCAAAAAUAAAAAGCUCAUUAAAGUAAUCUUGAAUGACAA